AUGAGUAAUACAACCACACCUCCUGCACCAUCAACCCAAGCUGCAGACAAGGCCAAUUGGGACUUUUCCCAAACCAAAGUGUUUGUUGAUCUUUGUGUCGAACAAGUAAAUGAAGGACGUCGACCUGGUUCACACUUCACCAAAGAAGGUUGGCAGAAGAUAGUUACUGGCUUUUUUGAGAAAACAGGGAAGCGAUAUGAUCAACCACAAUUUAAGAACAAAUGGGACAAUCUGAAGAAGGAUUACAAAUUGUGGAAGAAACUGCGUAUCCAUGACACUGGGACUGGAUGGGACAGUGUUCGUAACACUAUUCUUGCUGACAAUGACUGGUGGGAGAGAAGAAUUCAGGAAGACAAAAAGGUUGCAACAUUUCGAAUCCAGGGACCAGAAAACCUUGAGCAGUUGGAGGCAUUAUUUGAUGGACUUGUGGCCACUGGUGAAUUUGCAAUGUUUGCAGGUGCAUCUAACCAAAAAGCUGACCAAACUAAUGAAGAACUGAAAAGGACCAGCACCGGCGAAAAUGUGGAUACUAUCCAUCUCGGCUCUGCUGCUUCCAGUGAUCCAGAGUUUGACAUAAACAUUGAGCAAAGUAAUGAAGUAACUAGCUCCCCCACUCCGCCAAUUCAUCAAGUUAGGAGGAGAUCAGGAACACCAGGGAGCCGUGGGAAGAAGAAGCGUAGGUCAUCCGCGUCUGAUUAUCAAGAAGACAUUAGCAAGUCCUUGGGCAAUCUUGUGUCCGAGGUGAGCAGUCGGACAAAUGCAAUUGCCGGUACCCCUAUUUCAUAUGCAAAAGCUGAAAUUGCUGACUGUAUGAGAAUUUUGGAGGAAAUUCCAGAGACUGCCGAGAUGGGAGAUUUGCUAAUGUUUGCUCUUAAGCUGUUUCAGAACAAAGAUCAUCGUGAGUACUUCACUGCUAUGUUACGCAGGGACUGGCAGCUUGCAUGGUUGAAGAUGAUGCACGCGGAUGCAAAUGCGGGUGGGGCAGGAGGCAGCAACUGA